UCCAUUCUAUCUUUUCCAACCUAAACCAACUCUUCAUCUUUUUUACAAUCAAAUUCAAGAAAAUCCCUCAAAAACUUAUCAUUUUCUCAACCUCGCAUGAAACGAUGGUGGUUUAUCCAAUGAAGAGAGAAAGAGAAAGCGAAUUUGAUAGCAUAAUAACCAUGGCUAAUUACUUGAUGCUUCUUUCUCGCCAAGAAAAUCACAAUUUUGAGACGAUCAACAAUUCUCCCAGUCGAGUUUUCGAGUGUAAAACUUGCAAUAGACAAUUUUCUUCAUUCCAAGCUCUUGGAGGUCAUAGAGCAAGUCAUAAAAAGCCAAGAUUAAUGGGAGAAUUGAAUUAUCAUCAGUUGCCAACUUCUCCUCCUAAACCAAAAACACAUGAGUGUUCAAUUUGUGGGCUUGAGUUUCCUAUAGGCCAAGCUUUAGGUGGGCAUAUGAGAAGGCAUAGGGCUAUGUUGAAUGAAAAUAUUCAUGUUGUAAAGAAAUCAAAGAGUCCAAGAGUUUUAUGUUUGGAUUUGAACUUGACACCAUUGGAGAAUGAUUUAGAGUUCAAGUUGAAGGAAACGGUUCUGUAGUUGAUUGUUUUUUGUGAUUAAAUACUAGGGGAGACGAGAUACAGAUGUAAGUUGGAUUAUGCAGGUUCAAUUGAAUUCAUUAUUUUGAUUUGUACUAUGUAAAUAUAUAAAUUUAAAAGGUGUACAUAUAUUAAAAUUAUACUCGUUCUAAA